CCUAACAUAGUUGUCAUCGCGGACCUUGCCAAAGAUUACGACGAUUUGACGGCAAUGAUUGUCUUGAAAGAGCUUCACCGACUCGGUCUGAUCGAACUCAAAGGUUUUGUUGCAAACUUGAUGCCAGCGGAAGAACGGGCUCGAUAUGGCAGAGGAGCACUUGACCUACUCGGUCUCGAGAAGAUCCAAAUUGCCAUCGGCACUGACGGAUCUCCUAUCAACCAUGAGGUACACUCCUACUAGUUCGGGGGCGGAUUCUCAGCCGCAGUCGAACUUCCAUCGGGAACUGAGCUUCUCGAACGAAUCUGCGAUAACGCAAAAACAAAUAACGAGAAACUCACCUUCCUCAUCAUCUCCUCCCUCAAAGACGUCUCCGAAUUGAUAGACUCCUACCCUGACCUCGAAUCCGUGAUAUCCAACGUCGUCAUGCAAGGUGGCUACUUUACGAAUCCCCUCGAGCCCGACAUGUCUGCGGCAAACAACAGAUUCGACCCGAUUGCCGCAGCACAGUUCCACAUCUGGCUCGAAGAGAAGCACAUCAAGUCCACCGUCUACACCAAAGUCGCCGCGUUCGCCACUCCUCUUACGACCGAACUUUUCCAUGCUUUAUCAGCAACUAGCCAUGUACUCGGUACCCAUCUCCUUGAUACACAACAAGCGCAAGAUAUUCAAUUCUACCGCGACGCUGUAACUGGAACUGGAGGGUUCAUGACCCCCGAAUUCUUCUUGAGGAAUAAAACAUCGUGGUUCGAUACCCACGAUGCAGGGGAUACCUACCCAGACGCAGCAGGAAAUGAGAUCGUCCUGUAUCUGACGAAAGUAGUUGCUUAUGAUGCAUUGGCUGCGUUAGGAGCUGCGGGACAAGAUGUUCUCGUGGAGUGGGGGGUCAAGAAGAGUAGUCGGGAAUUGCAUGAGGUUGUUGGGACCGCUGGACCACUGGGAAGUGCAGGUAUUGAUGGAAAGAAGAUGGCUAGGGCAUUAAGGGCGCUUUUGAGGGUGGGCUUGUUGACCUCUUUGCCGUAGACGGCUUUUGGAGAGCAGCUUUGAGUGUUUCUUUAUCUUUUGGCUGAGUUUGAUGCCUG